AUGUUUUUGUCUCUGCCAACCAUGACAGUUCUUAUUCUACUAAUCUCCUUAGCAGGACUGUUCAACUCUGCAUCCAUGGAAGAAAACUUCCCACAGGGCUGCACCAGCACAGCCAGUCUUUGUUUUUAUAGUCUGCUCUUGUCAAUUAUCAUCCCAGUGUAUGUGUUCACCCACCUUUGGACUUUGAUGGGCAUUAAACUCUUUAGGCAUAGCUAG